AUGUCCUCACAGUGUUAUGUUAGCAGAGAUGUAGAUGCAUCUGUUUGCGACAACACCUCAAAUGACGCUGAUAUUUGUCCUCCGCUCAUGUCGGGUACGUCAUGUCAAUGUAACCCUUGUGAUAUUGAAAUGGAGGCCCGUAUUAUGCCAAUGGUGAUGGAUUUUUCCCAGUUGGAAAUGCGACUACCGGCUGAAUCUGUGUCGCCUGAUGAAAAGAAAGUGCUUAAAAGAAUGGCUGCUGAAAAUGAUCUCCUUCUCGUAACUGUUGGCAAAGGAAAAUCCAAGUUUGUGGUUCUGCGUAAAAAGGCUAGUUUAAUUCAGAGACAAGCCGAACAGAAGCAGGCUGAAUUAGAAGCCAAAAAAGCGGAAGAACAAGCAAUCGAAGAGGCCAAACGACUUGCCGAAGCGGAACAGGAGCGCUUGGCCCAGAUUUCUGCCAUCCCUUCGUAUAACAUUGCUUCCAUACAAACUACUCCGUCCGAAAUUGUUCGACAGAGUUUGGAGCUUAACAAAAGAAAUAACCAAAAUAAAGCGCGGCGGAACAGGCAGUGGGUUUUAAAUCAAGAAGAUUUGCCUUCCGAAACCCCGAUGAACUCCGCAGCUAGACGAAAGGCGAAAAGGCAGGCUGAUCGACAAAAAGCCAAACAGGAAGCGUUGGCCCAGCGUGCCAGAGAGCGAAGACGAAGAGAGGCCGUUGUUCAGACUUGCCCACCUGAUUGGCUUAUCUGCCCUUGGUGCAAAAAUGACAUUCCUCCAGCUGAGCAAUGUGGACACCUGGAACUCUGCAGAGCAGGUUACCGCCAACAGGACCGUGAGGCGAAGGCAAAAGCGCAGCUUGAGCACUACCGAAUUGCUGCGGAGAAUAUGAGAAGACGGAAACAGAAUCUGCCUCUUCUGCCCACCUCUAAAAAGUGCGAAAACACCCCGACACCAGUUCAGGAGAAAAAUGUACACAGGAGCCUCUCUAGGAGAGGAUCCAGCAGGUCACGCUCCAAACCAGCAUCACCGUUUAUCUUUUCUGCAUCGGUCGGUCUCACUUCGAUGUUGACUAAGGCGGCUCGCGCCACUGGCUUCUGCCCUGAGAGUACCACGUUAGCGCAAAACCACAGUCCGUCGUGUCGUGUGUGCGGCCUGCAGCACACUACCGAUGCAAAUUUGUCUGCCGCCCUGAAGAAGCAGGCCUUGAUUGAAGCCCAACUGAAAACUGUCCACCCGAACGACGUAAACGGAAUGGUUCGAGCCACUCACAGUGUCUGUGCUCAUCCGGAUUGCGUGCGCCUCAUUGGAUCGCUAGCUGGGAGCUCGUGCGCCUACUGCAGUUUGACCCUCUGUCCCCAGCACCGGCCGCCCCACACGGGCCACGAAUGCAGCGCCGCGCCCAAGCCUAAACCACCCAAGCAACCGACGAACAAACACGUAGACAUCGCCGCUGGUGAGGACCUGGAGGAGAGGCAGGCCUUCCUUAAGGAGAGAUUAAGGGAGCGCCUGAAGGGAUAUGCUGAAAAGCGAAGAAGGUGA